AGGGGGGGGGGCAGAGAGAGAGAGAGAGCAGAAAAAAUAGUGAGUGAGACAGGCAAAGUGAGAGAAGAGUUAGCAAGAAACAGGCAGAGAUGAGAACAUUGGUGGUAUUUUUAUUCUGACCACAGAAACCCGUUGACAAGCUUCCGUGACGCCCAUCUAGAGUGCUUUUGCACUCGGGUUCCUCAUACUUAGGCAACAUCUCAGCUGAAGGGAAAGAUGCCAGAAAGGCUGAGUGAAAGAGAAAAGGAGAGAGUGUAAGAAAGAUAAAGAGCGAGAAAAUUUGACAGAGACAGAGAAAGAAAAAGAAAGAGAGAGAGACAGCAAGAAACAACGAGAGUUCAAGCCACUGGGGCCUUCAAAGCCAUGUGACAUGACAGAGGGCACUGCUGGGGGACUUGCUUCAACAUGGAACUCCAAGCUCAGCUCCUGAGGAGCUUCCUGACCCAAUUUGCCAGCAAAGAGGCCACAUCGGCUCAUGAAGAUAGUGCCUACGCUGUUGAGUUCUUGAGACUGAAGAGGCAGUCCACUAAAUACCGCACUGAGAAGACCUACUCCACCAAGGCUGCUGAUAGGCAGGAGAACGUGAAGAAGAACAGAUACAAGGACAUUGUUCCAUUUGACCACAGCAGAGUGAAACUCUCAUUAAUCACCUCAAAAAAUGACACGGACUACAUCAAUGCCAAUUUCAUCCGGGGAGUUUUUGAGCCAACAGAGUAUAUUGCCACUCAAGGCCCACUUCCACACACAGUCCUGGACUUCUGGAGGAUGCUUUGGGAAUACAAUGUGCAGGUCAUUGUAAUGGCUUGCCGGGAAUUUGAAAUGGGAAGGAAAAAAUGUGAGCGCUACUGGCCUGAAACCUUGGUGGAUGUAUUUGUGUGUGAACCAUUUACCAUAUACUGUGAAUCAGAAGAGAAUAAAGGAGACUAUUUGAUAAGGAGCCUGAAGGUGACUUUUAAAAAUUGCUCUAGAGAGCAUGAUGAGGAGCAUAAACAUAUGCAACCCUGUUUCUCCCAGCAGUCAUCUCGCACACUGAAGCAGCUGCACUAUAUGAACUGGCCUGAUCACGGUGUACCAGACUCCAUCCCUCCCAUUCUAGAGAUGCUGCAGGAUAUGCAUGUGUUCCAAAAGCAGGACAAUGUGCCAUUCUGCAUCCACUGCAGUGCUGGCUGUGGAAGGACAGGGGUGCUGUGUGUCAUUGACUACACUUGGAACCUACUGAAAAAACAAAUGAUACCAGAGGACUUCAACAUCUAUGACCUGGUUCAGGACAUGAGAACACAGAGGCCUUCCAUAGUCCAGACUAAGGAGCAGUAUGAACUGGUGUACAGGGCGAUUACAUUCUUGUUUGAGAAGCAUCUGCAAUUGAUGGAGUCAAGCUCAAAGAAAAAAGAGGUUCCACCUGCACCUCCACCCAUCCCUGUAGACUGUGAGAGUGAGAUUUCAGACUUCAGUGAGUCCGAGGAAGAGAUAGAGCCUGUAGAAGAGAAUAGACUGCAUCCACGCUAUGACGCCAGGUAUCAAGAAAAGGAAUUUCCUAGAGAAUUUUCCAACCAUGUUGCUCCAAGUGCAGUUUCACAGCCACUACCACCUCAUUUGCAACCUUCCAGUUCAUUAGACCCCAAACGUACAACAGCAGAUCGGCUGAAUGGCAUGAAGAACUGGGCCAUGUCUAAAAUUUCCCCAAGGGCUACUGCCGCAAGUCAAGUGCAGAAGACAGAUAUUGAAUAUCAAAAGUCCCAGAUAACUAAACUUCAUCUGGUUCAGGAAACAGAUUUUGGAUACCAAAAGUCCCAGACACCUAAACCUCCUUCACUUCAGGAAGCAUGUCUUGGUCCUCAGAAAUCCCAGAUACUUGAACCUUCUCUUCUGCAGCCAACAGAUCUUGGAUACCGAAAGUCCCAGAUACUUGAACCUCCUCCACUGCAGCCAACAGAUCUUAGAUACCAAAAAUCCCAAACACUUGAACCUCCACCAAUGCAGCCAUCAGAUCUUGGAUACCAAAAAUCCCAGAUACUUGAACCUCCACCACUGCAGCAAACAGAUCUUGGAUACCGCAAGUCUCACAUACUAGAACCUCCUCCACUGCAACAAACGGAUCUUGGAUGCCGAAAGUCGCAGAUACUCGAACCUCCUCCAGUGCAGCCAACAGAUCUUGGAUUCCGAAAGGCCCAGAUACCUAAACCUCCUCGGAUUCAGAAAACAGAUCUUGCAUGCCGAAAGUCGCAGACACUCGAACCUCCUCCAGUUCAGGAAACAGAUACUGAACAUCAGACAUCACAGAUACUUGAACAUACUCUUCUAAAGCAAACAGAUAUCGAUUGCCAAAAGUCUCAGACAGUUGAACCUCCACCAAUUCAGCAAACGGAUCUUGGAUACUUAAAGUCCCAGAUACCGAAACCUCCUCGACCUCAGAAAAAAGAUCUUGGAUGCCAUAAUCCCCAAAUACCUGAAACUGCUACAACAAAUCAAAACCAGCACAAUGACCCUCUGAAAUUCAAUAAUUACAUUGGACCAACACCAGUACAGGAGUCCAGCCCACAUCGGACACAUCAGACAGAAAUGUGCAAUGAUGGUGCACUUGUCCAGACUCCCUCUGUUUGUCUUACAGUGGAGGAUCCAUAUUUUGGCCCAUAUUCUGCUAUGUCCCCUGAGCCUAGAGAGUUUACAGAAGCAGCACCCCUCUUCAUGGAAAACCCUUGUUACAUUAGCCCCACUUUGACUAGUGAACUGCCAGUGCAGGACAACUGUACGGGUGUGACUACGUCUAUAUCUGAUGAUGACAGUCCUCCUCCUCUACCAGAGAGGACCCCAGAAUCCUACAUUUUGGCUAAUGAAGAACGUCCUCAGAUUCUCACUCCUACUCUUCAGUUGCCAACUGAAUCACCUCUGCUGAAUGCCACAGAUGUGGAUGAUAUUGGUGAUAAAGGUGACACUGCCAACAUGGACGUCGACCAGAGCUUGUCAUUGGUCAUCCCACCUGAUACCUUUUCAACCAACGGAGGUGGAAGCCCCCCUUCUCCUGCACCACCUUUGCCGGAAAGAACUCCAGAAUCUUUUGAAAUGGCUAAUGAUGAAGAUUUAUUACAGAAUGCAGUACAAGAAAAGCCCCAGGAAACAGUUCUCAGGGUCGGGAAAUCAUCUGAAUGGUCUGGAAAUUCAAACUUGGAGGUGCCAGACUUUAAGAGAUCCUGGUCCAGGAGCAAGAGUUUAAAAGCUAGACUGUCACUUAAUGUUCCAGUCAACAUCCAUUCUUUUGCUCCAGAUCACAUACCUUCAAAAGAACGUACCAUGAGUCUCACUCCUCCUUCUGAUCGCACACCUGAUUCUUUCCUGAUGGAAGCUUCAAAUACACAAGCUUCUCUUACUCCUCCACUCCCUAGAAGAACCCCAGAAUCUUACAUCGUAGUCACUGAAGAAGCUCAGAGCAACAGCGCCCCCUGUCAGGAUGAUACAGUCCAGCAAAAGCACAAAUUGGGAAUGUCAUCUGAGUGGGCAGGAAACUCCCAGGCCAGGCCAUCAUACGAAGUGAUGUCCAGAAGCAGGAGCGUUAAAGUGAAAAGUUCAAAACAAGAUUGUUUAUCUGUGGUUCCUCUGCCUGAUCCAGAUGGUGGAGCUUCAGCAGAGCCUGUAUUAUCUAGAGCACAAGACCAGACAUCAUUAGACAGCAGACGUCCUGCAGUGGAGCAGCCCGAGAAGACAUCGCUCCCCAAAAAGUGCAGGACCAAGGUUCUCUUGUUUGAUAGUUUGAGGUUGUGGAAAGGAAAGCAGAAAACCAAAGAGGCUUCUGUGUCUACUUCUGUUCAACCGAACCAUGGAGCUGCUGCAGGAUUCAUAUUCAGUUUUGGAACACGUUUUGGGAAACCCAAAGGACCCAGGGGGCAGCCUGAAACAUGGGUGUAAAUCAGACAGAACAGGAAAUGCCUCAUGGUGGUCAGUGGCUAUGGUGAUGCCUGCCUACAUCAGCUUGAUGGAAAAAAUGACUGAUAUACCAGAAGACAAACAAGAAAAAGGGAUUAAUUAAUGAAUGAACCUCAUUGGAUACAAGUGUUAUUGAAAUUGGCUUUUUUUUGGUCAAUAACUCAGGCGGUUAUUCUCACUGAAAAAUGCUCUAUAUUUACUAUAUAGUGGCUUUUCAUGGGGCUCAGGUAAAAUCCCACAAAUCAUUGCAAGAGGUAUUGUUCAAACUGAUUGAAAGGGAAAGUGAAAAGCUUUUCUGUGUCUCAGUAGUUGACACAAGUACUUUGUGGAAAUGAAGAGAAUCUUGUGGCCUUGAUAUACGAAUCUGUGACCACACCUUAUUUAAAAAAAAAAAAAAAGCAAAAGGUCACCAUAGUAGCUCCGUAACUCCGCAUAGAAGUGUUUUCCUUUAUUACCUGCUCAUUCAUCAUUCUUUUUUUCAUUGCAGCUGUUAUCAAAAACAGUCCUUUUUUUUGGUUUCGUUCUUUUUAUAUGUUCAAUUUAUAAAAGCGUAAAUUAGCGAGUGAUUUUAGCUUUCAAACUACUGAUGGAUCCUCUUCUGUUAGACAAUCAGGACCAACCGAAGGACUGCUGCAUUGCUUUGUAACGUGGAUGCUACCACGUGGAUGGUCAUUUGCACUAUAACUUCUCAGUAUAUUCAUAUAUGACAGGGUUGUAGCAGUGUGGACUGCCUGGGUGACUACUAGCUUGAAUGGAAAAUCCAGACUGGUACGAACCGGAAAAACAAACUUUUUGUAUGCUUGAUUCGUGUUAAUUUUAUUUCAUUUGUUGUGUGUGUAAAUAGCAUAAAUUGAGGGGUGUUUUUUUUUUUUACAUGUAUAUGCAAAUUAGAAGUGGAAUGGAACGAGUAAUUUAAGCAAUUUAAUGCCGACGGAAGUGCAAGUAUUAAAUUAUGAUAUUAAUUUACAAUGUACAAAUACAGUUUUGUCUGUUUUAAAAAAAAAAACAAAAAAAACUAUGCUAUGGUUUUAAGAAUCUUUUCCAGGAAUUAUUUUUUUCACUUUUUCCUAACAAAAGAAAAAAAAAAAAAAAAUCUAUAUGAAUGUAUGUAGAUAAUGAAUAACGGUAUCAUGGUCAUGGAAUAUCCUCACAUCCACACGAGGAAACGAUUUUGUUGUUCUUGUGACUUGAGUGACAUCAUCACCGGUCAGCAAUUACAGUACAGCUAAAAAAAAAAAAAUUUUU